GGCGAACGUAGAGCCGGGCGCGCGGACCGGCAGGUGCGGCUGCAGGGACCGUGGUCCCCGGGUUCGCGGCUCGGGCCGGAGGGGCGAGGCAAGGCCUGGGCUCCAGGGACGCCGGCCUCUGUGGUAGGAUGGCUCGGGGCGAGCGGCGGCGCCGCGCCGCGCCGGCGGAGGGGAAGCGCCCCGCCGAGAGGGCGACCCGGGGUAUCCCCGAACGGCGGGGCGGCGGGGCCCCUGGCACCCCAGGGCGAGCGGCCUUGGCCAUCGUUGUCCUGCUCUUGGCCCUGGGACUGUCGGGGCGCUGGAUGCUGGCUUGGUACCGCAUGCGACGGGCGGUCACGCUGCACUCCGCACCCCCAGCGCUGCCCCCUGACUCCUCCAGCCCCGCUGUAGCCCCGGACCUCUUCUGGGGCACCUACCGCCCACAGGUCUACUUCGGCAUGAAGACUCGCAGUUCGCAACCGCUGCUCACCGGACUGAUGUGGGCGCAGCAGGGCGCCACCCCAGGGACCCCUAAGCUCAGGCACACGUGUGAGCAGGGGGACGGCGUGGGUCCCUAUGGCUGGGAGUUCCACGACGGCCUCUCCUUCGGUCGGCAGCACAUCCAGGAUGGGGCUUUAAGGCUCACCACUGAGUUCGUCAAGAGGCCCGGGGGUCAGCACGGAGGGGACUGGAGCUGGAGAGUGACUGUAGAGCCUCAGGCCUCGGGCACCUCUGCCCUCCCUUUGGUUUCCCUGUUCUUCUAUGUGGUGACAGAUGGCAAGGAAGUCCUUGUCCCAGAGGCCGGGGCCAAGGGCACGUUGAAGUUCAUCAGUGGGCACACCAGUGAACUUGGCGACUUUCGCUUUACACUUCUGCCACCAACCAGUCCAGGGGACAGCACCCCCAAGUAUGGCAGCUACAAUGUCUUCUGGUCCUCCAACCCAGGACUGCCCCUGCUGACGGAACUGGUGAAGAGUCGCCUGAACGGCUGGUUUCAGCAUCGGCCCCCGGGGGGCCCGCCUGAACGCUACCUGGGCUUGCCGGGUACUCUGAAGUGGGAAGAUAGAGGCCCAAGGGGGCAAGGACAGGGACAGGGUCAGUUCUUGAUUCAGCAGGUGACGCUACAAGUCCCCUUUUCUGUGGAGUUGGUGUUUGAGUCAGGCAGUGCCCGGGCAGCAGGGAUGCCAGCUCCAGAGAGGCUGGCAGGCAACUUGCUGACCCAGGCCCUGGAGGGCCAUGCGGAAGCCUUCAGCAAGCGCUUUGAAAAGACUUUCCGACUCAAGGAGAAGGGCUUGAGCACUAGUGAACAGGCUCUGGGCCAGGCUGCCCUCAGUGGCCUCCUGGGGGGAAUCGGCUACUUCUACGGGCAGGGCCUGGUGCUGCCUGACCUGGGGUCAGAAGGCUCUGAGCCGCAGGUGGAUCCUGCCCUCUUCCCUCCUGUUCCCCUGUUCACAGCAGUGCCCUCCCGGUCUUUCUUCCCCCGGGGCUUCCUCUGGGAUGAGGGCUUUCAUCAGCUGGUGGUCCAGCGCUGGGAUCCCCGCCUUACUCGGGAAGCUCUGGGCCAUUGGCUGGGGCUGCUCAAUGCCGAUGGCUGGAUCGGUCGGGAGCAGAUCCUCGGGGAGGAGGCCCGAGCCCGAGUGCCCCCAGAGUUCCUGGUGCAGAGGGCAGCCCAUGCCAACCCCCCAACUCUGCUCUUGCCUGUCGCCCACAUGCUCUCCAGUGGCGACCCAGCUGAUCUGGCCUUCCUUCAGAGUGCCUUUCCCCGCUUGUGGGCCUGGUUCUCCUGGUUGCGGCAGAGCCAGGCUGGACCAGUGCCACUCUCAUACCGCUGGCGGGGCAGGGACUCAGCCCUGCCCACCCUGCUAAACCCCAAGACACUGCCCUCGGGGCUGGAUGACUACCCCAGGGCCUCACACCCUUCCACAGCUGAGCGGCACCUGGACCUGCGCUGCUGGGUGGCGCUGGGCGCCCGUGUGCUGGCCCAGCUGGCGGAGCAGCUAGGGGAGGUGGAGGCAGCUGCUGAGCUUGGCCCACUGGCUGUUGAGCUGGAGGCCGAAGACAGCCUGAAUGAGCUGCACUGGGCCCCAGAGCUGGGUGUCUUUGCGGACUUUGGGAACCACACAAAAGCUGUACAGCUCAAGCCUAGACCCCCUCAGGGACUGGUUCGUGUAGUGGGUCGGCCCCAGCCUCACUUGCAGUACGUGGACGCCCUGGGCUAUGUCACUCUUUUCCCCUUGCUGCUGCGACUGCUGGACCCUAGGUCAUCCCACCUCGGGCCCCUGCUGGACGUUGUAGCUGACAGCCGCCACCUCUGGAGCCCCUUUGGCUUGCGCUCCUUGGCGGCCUCCAGCUCCUUUUAUGGGCAGCGGAAUUCAGAGCAUGACCCACCCUACUGGCGGGGGGCUGUGUGGCUCAACAUCAACUACCUGGCCUUGGGAGCACUCCACCACUAUGGGCAACUGGAGGGUCCGCAUCAGGCCAGGGCUGCCAAGCUUCACAGUGAGCUCCGUGCCAACGUGGUGGGCAAUGUGUGGCGGCAGUAUCAGGCUACAGGUUUCCUGUGGGAACAGUACAGUGACCGGGAUGGGCGGGGCAUGGGCUGCCGCCCUUUCCACGGCUGGACUAGCCUUGUCUUGUUGAUCAUGGCUGAAGACUACUGAAAGGGGUUAAGGGGUUUGGGGAGAGCCCAGACCCCUUGUGCCACUCUG